AUGGCAUUUGGACAUUAUGUAGAUACAUGGGAAAAUAUGGCAUUUGGACAUUAUGUAGAUACAUGGGAAAAUAUGGCAUUUGGACAUUAUGCAGAUACAUGGGAAAAUAUGGCAUUUGGACAUUAUGGACAAGGUCGAAUUGAAAAGACCGAAAUUGUUGAAAUGGCAAUCAAACAUAUAACUUCUUUACAAAUGCAAGUUAAACAAGUGGAAAGUAAAGGAUUGCCUGCACCAUCAAUGGAGUUGAAAGAGUCGUUUUACCAUGGUUUCCAGAUGUGUAAGAGUGAAAUCAUCAAGUUUUUAACAGAAAUCGAGGGAGUUAGUCACAACAACCCGUUUAAUUUACGACUUUGUGAACAUCUGAAUAUGAGAAAAUCCCAAAUUUUUGAUGAAGAAAUGUCAAAGUAUCAAGAUUUCCAGCAUCAAAAUGUACUACAAGAAAUUAAGCAGUCUCGGCCCCCAGAAAUGAAAGCAUCACCAAUUCAAGACACAGCAAAGGGUACAACACCACCUGGUGAAAAGUCUCCAGAAAGUGUUUCAAGUGAUUGUAGUGUAUUUCCUCCAAUGAAAGUUGAUAGCGAUAAUAAUCUUACUAUGAAGAGAAUCAUGUCUGGUUUGGAUUCUUACUCAGAUUCAGGUGUGUCUAUUCAAAACAGCACCAAUGGUUCAACCACAGGAAACCAGACUUCAUCUGAUGACAACGCUGAGGAGCAACAAAAUGGUGGAAAGUCAUGUUACAAAUUUAAACAUAUCAUACGACAUAGAUAUUCACGAGACAAGGGCAGCGACUCAUCCUCCGUCAGUUCUGGAAGCAGCGAUGGCCGUCCAAGUCGUAGUCAUAAGAAUAAUAGUUCCAAUAAUGUCAAUAAUGGCGGACAAUCAUGUGUACAAAGUAGCAAUCUAAGAAUGGAUGAGAAUGAAUCUAUAGGACUACCUGGUUUCGUUAUUCAUCCGACUCAUACACAUUAUGUUCCCAUCUCUGUUCAUCAGUCCUUUCUUCCUGAUCUUUUUGAAACUGAAUCAAAUAAUUAUUGUUUUGAUGGCAAUAUUUGA